CCCCUUCCUCGCGCCGCAUCUGACCGACGAGCGCACGGCGCGCCACGGAAUGCGCAGAAGCGUCUGAUUCUCUGCUGGAUGAGGGCGCGCGGUCAAGCCAUGGGUCCCCCUUCUUCAUCUUUGAGUUCUUAAUGCAUUGUGAUGUUAAAGUCUUAGAGACCCCUGGAAACCCUUUGAAUUCGUCAUACGGCAACGUCUGUAUUGGAAUAAACUAUUAGCUGGUGUAUACCUCUUUCUUCGGAUGGAUGAUUUGUUCAGAUUCCUCAUUCACCGUGAUGCGCGCUCAUUUUGUGUCCAAAUGUCUUAUUGACUGACCGCGGAUACAUAUUUGGACGUGGGCUGACGGAGAGAAAUAUGACGGCUCUCAUCCCAGUGCUGUUUCUGCUCUGCGGUGUUUCCUUGUCUCUGACUCAGAAGGUGGUGUCUAAAAGAGGCUCAGUGGAUGGUUGCACUGAUUGGUCCGUGGACUAUCUGAAAUACAGAGUUUUACACGGAGAGCCAGUGCGGAUAAAGUGUGCUCUAUUUUAUGGUUAUAUCAGAGCCAAUUACAGCCAGGCCCAGAGCAUUGGACUAAGUCUUAUGUGGUACCGGAGUUCUGGGCUGGGUCAUGGUGACUUUGAGGAACCCAUCUCCUUUGACGGGGUACGCAUGAGCAAAGAGGAAGAUGCUAUCUGGUUUCGACCAGCCGAGCUGCAGGAUGGCGGUCUUUAUUCCUGCGUUCUGAGGAAUUCCACGUUUUGUAUGAAGGUGUCAAUGACUCUGUUGGUUGCUGAUAAUGACACAGCGGGCUGUUAUAACUCAAAGCUGCGCUACAGUGAGAAAGCAGAACUGGGCAAGAGUAAAGACGUCACUUGUCCUGAUAUCCAGGAUUAUAUUCAGCCUGGAGAAAAGAUGCAGAUAACAUGGUACAAGGAGUGUAAUGUGCAGCAGUGGAGGAGCAGUGUGCUACAGACUGCAGAUAUACUCUCCAUACAGGAAGUGAGGGAGGAUGACAUUGGCAACUACACCUGUGAACUUGUUUUCGGAGGGUUCCAGGUGCGGAGGACAACUGACCUGACCGUGACAGCUCCUGUGACUGAAGAGCCCCCCAGAAUUCUGUUCCCCUCUGAAAACAAGCUCCUCACAAUGGACAUGCAGAUCGGAAGCAUGCUGAACUUGACAUGCAAAGCUUUCUUCGGGUACAGUGGUGACAUCAGUCCACUUGUUUACUGGAUGAAGGGCGAGAAGUUCAUUGAGGACAUGGACCAGAGUCGCAUUCGAGAGAGUGAAAUAAAGACCAUCAGAGAGCACCUGGGUGAACAGGAAGUGUCCAUUACUCUGACCAUAGAUUCACUGGAGGAAGGAGAUCUGGGGAAUUAUUCUUGUUAUGCAGAAAACGGCAAUGGGAGACGACAAGCCAGCGUACAGAUCGGAAAACUAGUAGAGCUGAUGUACACUGUGGAGUUGGCUGGUGGGUUGGGUGCGAUUCUGCUACUGUUGGCCUUGUUAUUGUCUUUAUAUAAGUGUUACAGGAUUGAGCUGCUGCUCUGCUACAGACAUCAUUUUGGAGGGGAGGAUACAGACGGAGAUAAUAAAGAGUAUGAUGCAUACCUUUCCUACAGUAAGGUGGAACUGGAUCAGUGGGGUCAGGAAUUACAGGAGGAGGAGCGCUUUGCUCUUGAGAUCCUCCCAGAUGUUCUGGAGAAACACUACGGCUACAAACUCUUCAUCCCGGAUCGAGAUCUAAUCCCUACCAGCAGUAUGAGCCGUGAACAUUACCAGGAUGACACACAUCUUCUUAGAGCAUACAUAGAGGAUGUAUCCCGCUGUGUAGAGUUGAGCAAACGUCUGAUCAUCGUUCUGACCCCGAGCUAUGUGCUGCGCCGCGGAUGGAGUAUAUUUGAGCUGGAGUCUCGUCUGCGCAACUCUCUGGUUUCAGGGGACAUUAAAGUGAUCUUAAUUGAGUGUGCUGAUCUGCGAGGUGUUAUUAACUACCAGGACGUGGAGGAGUUAAAACAAUCCAUUAAAUGCCUAAGCAUGGUGCAGUGGAACGGCCCGCAGAGCAACAAGCCUGGCUCACGUUUCUGGAAGCAGCUCCGCUAUACCAUGCCCUACCGCCGCCCCCAGCAAACCCUCACCAACCACGCUCUGGACACCAGUGAACCUGGCCCCUUCGCUGACCUGCAAACCGUCUCUGCCAUCUCCAUGGCAACAGCAACAUCUGCUGCCAUGGCACCAGCUCACCCCGAGCUGCGCCCAUCCAUGCGGAGCUCGUACCACUCACAUUCGCUGGCACGCCAGAAACACUUGCACUACCGCAGCUACGACUAUGAGCUGCCCUUCACGGCCGGAGGCACGCUGCCACCGCAGCACACCUACUGCAACCUCCCCCUCACCCUGCUCAAUGGGCAACGGCCUGUCAACAACAAGACCCUGCGCCAACACAGCCUGGAUGAGCACCAUGGCAACAAUGCGAUGCUCCCACUGCUGCCUCGAGAGACAAGCAUCUCCAGUGUUAUCUGGUAAUACCAAGAGCAAGACAGUGAACAUACCCAGUUUGGGUUGAUGUAGCCUGGCUCACUGGAGACUAAAUAAGAUGAUGUCACUGGCAUACGGCACAGGACACACUGGGUUCUUGAGAGCAAUAUGAUCAGUCUGUCUGCGGUAAGUAGAUUUGAGGAUGUGUUAGCCACUAAAUCUUCUUCUGGGCAUUGCUCCAGAAGCGAGGGAUUACAUAGUGCCAUACCAGUCUUAUCUAGCUGGGACUGUAUGCGUGAACUGAGAAUACAAAGUCACACCACACAGAGGUAUACAGGGUCUUGUGUAAAUGUUAGCGUUAUAUUUGUAGCACCACUGUCAUCCUGUCUCCAUGUUUAAUUUGACCAUGCCAUCUUUAUUUUUAACACUCAAUGCUUUAUUUUACUUUUUUUUUGCUUUUUUACUGUGUUUUAGGUUUGACAUGGACAUUUAAUUGAGAUUUGUUUUGUCGUUAUCUACCUUUUUUAAAUGGACUGAAAAUAUUCCUUGUUUGAUUCUACUAAUGUAAUUUUACUUAAAGUUACUGCCUUUUUCCAUUUCUGUUGUCCAAUGUAAGGUAUGUAUUUAUAGUUUUAAAUUGCAAAAUUUUAAAGAAGGAAAUGUAUCACAAAUUAUGCAAAAUAUAUGAAAGCCUAAAGGGGUUUGAUGGAGGUGGUCUUUCAGCAGAUGUGCAAGAGGAACAGUACCCUUUUCUAAAUACUGGAGGGAAUUUUAAAUGACAAGAAAUCUAUUUUUAUAACUGAAGAGUGCUGUUUCUCUCUAAUACCACAGGGUCACUGGAACAAUGGGAUU